AUGGUUUACAAUUUUCGAAGCAGUUUUCUGCUUAGCGUUAUCGCUGUGUUGUCUGGCGUUUCCAAUGCUGCUCCAAGCGAUACUGGAAAAGGGCUGAAGAAUGCCUCGUAUACGCCGGUAGAUUUCGGCGUUGGUACAACUCCGAUUAUCAACGGCCUUCAACCCUUCUCCUCAUCCAGCAAUGUGACGCUCAACCCAUCUGCACCAGUUCUAACUCUGGACUACGGGGCGGAAAUCGCGGGAUUUCCAUAUUUUGAAGUCACCUCACUUGGAGGAUCAUCAGCUCAAAUUGAGAUAAAGUAUUCGGAGCCGUUUGCAGGACUGAAUCUGAGCACUGGAGACGGUCCUUGGCUCUACACCAAUGGAUUGAUGAACUCAUUCCGUACCGAGACAUUCAAUAUCACCACUACCGGCAGAACAGAAUCGUUCUUCAUUCAGGGAGGGCAGCGCUGGCAGACGAUCACGCUGUUAUCAAAUACAUCGAUCUCAAUCAGAAACGUAGGCUUUCGCGCUUCGGUCAACAUAAAACCUUCAGAUCAGCUUGUCGGAGCAUUUUCAUCAUCCAACGAUAGUUAUGACGGACUAUGGAGCCUUGGUGCUCGCGCUGUACAAGCAGCCUGCGUUGAAGCCAACUCACAGCCUUCAACUUGGGAGAUUUCCAACGACGGCGCACUUAUCCGUGGACAAUAUCCUGGCGUUUCUGCCCUAGGCCUGGGUUACAGUAAUUACACCAUGUCAUUUACUACAAAAAUUACCAAGGGUGGAACGGGUUGGAGAGUAUCUGCAGGUGCGAAUGCUGGAUAUGGAGCAUAUUUUAUCCUGACGAGUGAUGGACCCCAGUACUUGAGUACUAACAAUACCGUGAUCCCAACAAACAGUGUGAUCGCCGGCUUUGGAUUUAGUAUUGUUGACUUCUACUUGCAAUCUGCCCCCCCGCUCUAUUAUGCAAAUCCUAUCCCGAUUUCAGAAGACCAGUGGUAUCGCGUGAGUACUACCAUUGGCCCAUCAGGUUACAAUAUCUCCGUCAAUGGCACGCAAUUUGCCUUCGUUCCUUAUACAACAUUCCAACCCUAUUUGCAUUCAGGGUUUGGUUCAACAAACGCAAUUACAGACGGCUCAUGGGGGUUUGGACCAUUUAUGGAUCAGGCCGCAUAUUUCAAGGAUGUUGAAGUCGUUGCACAAAAUGGCACGACACUAUACACCAAUCCCCUCACCUCGACCGAUGUUUUAUCAGAGUAUUUGGUCGCACCUAACGCCGAAGCCGUCUGCUUAGAUGGCCCAAAGAGAGAUCGAGAAAUUUGGAUUGGAGACUUUUCUCACACUGCAAAGGAGCUCGCUGUUAGCACGGGGAGAUAUGACUUUAUCCAAAGCAUGAUCGAAUUCACAUUCAAAAGACAAUUGACUUCAGGCUCGGGAGCUGGCCUAGUCCCUAUGCAAGAUUCCAUGGGGUCGGCAGCAGAGUUUCAAUCAGUUUAUUAUCCAUCUCAGUUUGGUGAAACUGACUAUCAUCUCUUUUUCCUUCUCACGCUCGGUGACUAUUUUGCUCUAACGUCGGACACUGCUCUUCUAUCCAAAUACUGGGACGGAACCAAGCUGCUCGUUCAGACUAUAGAGACACUGUAUCUUGAUCAUGCGACAAACCUACUUGCCAGCCCGUCUGCUUCCUGGUUUACCGCACAGGGCUAUCAAAACGCCACCGCACCAACUGCACUAUUCGCUACCAGUCUGAAGCAGCUCGCAACAGUUGCGACGUUAUUGAAUGAUACUGCGACAGCCAACUACUUCACGGGUCUCCAAGGAAAUCUGACCACAGCAAUAAACAGUCAACUAUGGAACCCGGAACAGGGUUUCUACUCCACAGCAGUCGGUAGUAGCACUGACACUUCCUUGCUAGCCACUGCAUUUACUAUUAAAGCAGGGAUUGCCAACAGCAGUCAAGCAACGAGUAGUAUCGAAGCCCUCUCCUCCCUGUUCUACCAAAUUGGCUACAAAGACUCUUCUGCAAUUGGAAGCGGUCCAGCAACACAGUUAUCCCCCAAUGUGCAAGGAUUUUUGCUUGAAUCGCUGUUUAUCGCCUACUCGCAACUCAAUGUUACUGCGGAUGUCGUGGUCCCCGUACUCAAAAACUUAUUUGAGCUUUUCUGGCCCGUGAUGCUCAACGAAAACGAGUACUACACAGGCACCAGCUGGGAGUACGUGUACCCUGACGGCAGUCCUGGCAUCGGGAUGUUCACUAGCUUGGCUCAUCCAUGGGGAGGGGCUCCUACUUAUGUCCUCACCGAAUAUAUUCUCGGUGUUAGGAGAGAAUUCAACAGCACAACAGGAGGAUAUGGCUGGAUUUUUGAUCCUGCCUUUGAAAUUUCACAAGCCUUGGGACUCACUUGGGCCAAAGGACGGGUGCCGGUCAUCGGAGGGGGUUGGAUUGAGGCGGAUUGGUCCGUCGAGAAUGGGAAUGUGACUUGGAAUGUCAAUACCAGUAACGCCGGCAAUUUGACGGUAGAUGUGCUAAUCUAG